AAUCGAUUUUACAUGGAUCAAUCCUUAUUUAAUUGUUUCAUUUCUUUCUUUUUCUUUUGUAUAGUGAAACCCUUAUGGUUCUUAGUACAUAACACUUCAACAUCAGUUGUACUUUUAUAUUUGUAAUAAGUUUAAAAAAAUAUAUUGUCUAAAUAAAGUUUAAAAUAAUAUUUUAAAGUUGUAUUUUGAAUAAUGCUAUUGUAGUGUGGAGUGUGACAAUGACAUUUAAAUUGAAAAAAAGCUAUAUUUUUAUGUUCAACAAGGUCAAAAUUUAAAUGUCUACCUUUUAAGCGCGACAGUGGCGCUAUUUUGUUAGUUUUACGUGAUAUAUAAAGUGAAGGAAGAUUUUCUUACUUAAGAAAAGGUAAGGGAUAAACAUAGCAUGCCAAGUUCCUCCAGCCGUGGCUCAGGACAAUAAUAGAUUUGGCUGGAUCGCAAACAGUUGACCCAUUGGUUCUUUAAUAAGUGAUCUUUUUCGUUAAAAGAAGUAUGGAGGGUCAACAAUUUUGCUUACGCUGGCACAACUUCCAAAACACACUUUUAAGUUCUUUACCAAAGUUAUUGGAUGGAGGUCACCUUACAGACGUCACUUUAAGUGCUGGUGGCAGACACAUUCAUGCUCAUAGGAUAAUUCUUUCAGCAUGUAGUUUUUACUUCAAAGAAUUAUUUAAAGACUUGAAUGCUUCUCAGCAUCCUGUUAUUGUUUUACCAGGCAUGGAAUAUUCAAAUUUAUGUGCAUUAGUCACAUUUAUGUAUAAUGGAGAAGUAAACAUAUAUCAGGAACAAUUGCCAGCAUUAUUGGCAAUGGCAGACACUUUACACAUUCGUGGAUUAGCCGAUAUUGCUGGGAUAAAUUCAAACUACGAUAACGGAAUGAUCGUUGAUUCAUCAAAUCCAUCAUCACAAGAUAAAGAUGUGACAAAUAAUGCGGCAAUAAAAACAGAAAUAAAAGACAAUACCUUAAAUUCAGAAUUGGAAUCGGUACCAUAUAAUUAUGCGGUAGACAGUAUAGAUGAAGAAUUAUCAAACGAUUUAGAUAGUAUGCCUUAUAGUGUUAAAACACAACCUUAUUAUUCGAUAAAUGCAAAAUUAAACCAAAGAGAAAGAAAGCCUGUGAUUGGAAGUGUAACACCUAUAAAAACAAAAACAACAACAAUUGAAACUAAUUAUCCAACAAAUGUUAAUGAUGAAUCAUCAUCAAUUGUUGAUGAGUCAAAUAAUACAAUAAUUGAAGAUAAUAAUUCAAAAUUACUACCAAUUUUAGAUACAAAUUUAAAAUUUAUCUCUGGCUCAUUAUCAAAUAGACAAUCACAAACAUGUAAUAAAACAAGCGUAACAUGUUUAGUUUGUGGCAAACAAUUGAGUAAUCAAUAUAAUUUAAGAGUUCAUAUGGAAACACAUAGUAAUAGUUCCUAUAGCUGUGCAGCAUGUUCUCAUGUAUCACGUUCACGUGAUGCUCUCAGAAAACAUGUUUCAUACAGACAUCCAGUAACAUCACCACAAAAACGUUCUCGAUAUUCAUCGAAAUCAUAAUACGAAUUUUCACUUUAUUUAUACAUAUAUAACAAAGUUGUAUAUUAAAAAAAAUUAUACAAAUAAUUUAGUUUUCGAAGAAUAGAAUGAGAGAGAGAGAGAAAGAGAGGAAGAAUGUGUGCGUGUGUCAAAAUUUUCAAUGUUUAAAUGAAUUUUAUUGUUUUUCUUGUUAUCGUUAAAUCGUUUUAAUAAAGACAUUUUAGAAUUUAA